GUUUGAUUUCAUCUUUAGCUUCCACCCACCUUCCAAAUGUCUCGAACCAAUAUCACUUGACUCUAGUCUCCAUUUCCUACUUGUAUAUAUAUUGUUUCCCUCUAAACCUCUCUCACCACAAAAACCUCAAAAUUUUAAGCCCUCUCUCUCUCUCUCUCUCUCUCUCUCUCUCUUGAUCACAUACAAUUUACAGAAAUAUGGUUUCAUCAUCAGCAUCAACUUCUCUGAUGAUCUCUCCAAGAAAACUAAGGUCAGAUUUGUAUUCUUACUCAUACCAAGAUGAUUCAGAAACCCCACUAGUGGUUAAUGUUCUUGCUUCUCUGAUUGAGAGAAACAUGGCAAGGAACCAGAGGAUUGCCAAGAAUUGCAGCAGCCUUUGGUACAUGUCCAAGGACAUGAAAAAGACUAGGAUUUUUGAGUGUCAUGAGACUCCUGACCUGACAAUUCAGUCAUACUUAGAGAGGAUUUUCAGGUACACAAGAGCUGGGCCGUCUGUGUAUGUUGUUGCGUAUGUGUAUAUUGAUCGGUUUUGCCAGAACAAUCCUGCAUUUAAGAUCAAUGUCACUAAUGUCCAUAGGCUCCUCAUCACAACUAUAAUGGUGGCUUCCAAGUACGUUGAAGACAUGAAUUACAGAAAUUCAUACUUCGCAAGAGUUGGGGGAUUGACAACCAAUGAAUUGAACAAGUUGGAGCUUGAAUUUUUGUUCUUAAUGGGGUUCAAAUUGCAUGUGAAUGUGAGUGUGUUUGAGAGCUAUUGUUGUCACUUGGAAAGAGAAGUUAGCAUUGGAGGAGGGUACCACAUAGAGAGCACAUUGAGAUGUGCAGAAGAAAUCAAAAGAAGGCAAAACGAAGAGAGAAGAUACAAUCAGUUUGCUGGUGUUUUGCUGUAGUUCAAAUGAGGGAUAUUUCUUUCCCCUUUUUAUUGGGAUUUUAUCCUAUACCAUUCUUCUGUAAAUAUUGGUUUAUAAUAUUUGUGAAAAUGUAUCAUUUGGGUGGUUCAGGGAAGCUAAUACAGAGUGUUGUCCUAUUUUUUAGGUAAA